AUGUUAGUUGAAACUCAAUUUGUCCCUCGGGCUUCUUUGCUUAUGACAGCUGGAUUGAGUCAUCUGAUUCUCGACCUCAAAUAUCAGGUCUGUUGGUCCGCAUUGCUUUCGCCAUCGUCCGUUACCCCCUGCGAAGUCCCUGACUUCGCCAGCUUAUUACGUGCAAUCGAGGUCGGAUGUGCCCAGGCGGUACGGACGCUUGGACAGAUUUGUCACCGACGCAGGAAGAUUCAAAGCACAACUCUGGCCGGAGGUGCCCUUAAUCAUUGCUCUUGCUCUUACACUUUGAUUUUUUUCCUGACAAUUGCCGAUUCAGCCCUUGAUUUGGCGCGUGGGGCCUACUUUCUUCAGCCCUAUCUGUUCCGCUAUUUUGGUCCAGUAAUUCGAGAUAGCUGGCCCAACAUGUUCAUGAGUAUCCACCUAAACGUCUACUCCUUUCUCGCCCAACGACCGUGCCAUGGCGCACUGGCCUUCAUCGAGGUUUAUCAUUGUUCGUUGCCAUCGGAGGCUGGUACGCCACGUAGCAUUCGCUCAACCAGCCUCGAGGCAGCUGGGGCCCUAAUUCUCGCGUUGUCCUUUGCCUGUCUAUAG